CCACCCUCACCACCACACAGUAACUUCCUUAAAGGUAAAACAGUCUCCAAGGGGCAAGGAAACACAGCUCUUACCACACACUUUGAAAACUACGGGUGCUGCUGCUGGUCCCAAACUAUGUUGAAAAUCAAGAUGAUCAGUCAUCCUCCCCAAGCCCUUAAUACCAAAGUGGAAUUGAAAUGUGAGACCACCUACAUGGAUGCUGGGGUGUUCUGGAUCCGUCAUAAACGGGACUACAGUACUGACUUCAUCUUACAUGUCUCUGCAAGGUCCAAAAUGACACCGGAACGUGUCACAGGCUACAAAUCAUCAAAAAAUUCUACCUUCUACCGGCUAACUAUUCCCAGCUUCAAGGAGGAGAAUCAGGGUAUCUAUCAGUGCGUUCUUUUCCGCAACCAGGCCCUGCACUUCAGUUCAGGCCUCCAAGUGUACCUGCCAGAGCGCGCAACCCAGGCUCCCACCAUCCCAUCUCAGGUUUCAACUCACAGCAAAGGACUGAUAAACAAAGAAACCAUGGAAUGUCCAGAUUCCACAGCCCCAGAUCCAAGUGAUGGUAUGAUGUUCCCCUGUGAGCUGUACAUCCGGACUCCCUUAGCUGGUGGUUGCUUCCUUCUGUUCGUUAUGUUGGUGAUAACCCUGUUGGUGUGCUAUGAUCCAAGAAGGAGGAGGAGGAAAUGCAAAUGUAAAAGGCCUCUGAAAGGAACCAAUGGGACGCUCGCUUUGCCACACUAGACCAUGUAACAGCACCGGAGCAUUUCAACUGGAUUUCAGCUUUCCCCUCUCACUGUAUCGUACCCUUGAACAUUACAAAGACUGUUGCGUGCUCAUAAUAGCCCUGUGCUUCCUACCAAGGGUGAAUGCCUUAGCCUUACAGCUUUUGGGGAAUACCUUUCUCCACCUGCUGUAUGUUGGAUGAAUUUACUCUGGAUUAGGAAACUGACCCCAUAACAGUUUACUUUAAGGGGAGGCGGGGUGGGGGACAAAAUGUAAGGAUGUCUAGUAGAUCUUCAUCUCACAAUCAACUUGGUUGUGUGCAUGGUAGAAAAGUGACAAGCCAAAGACAUUCAGCAACAUUUACUAUCUGGAUAGACAGUUUAUAGGGGAACAAAGUGGAGCAUUAUGCUGCGUUUUGUAUCCAAUAAUAUCAUGCUAGACGUGUUGCAGCUGACCCCUUCUCAAAUAUUUAACUUCUAGCAAUCUAGGGGUAUGGACUGAAACCUGAAGAAUUCUGUGUAAGAAAAUAUUAAAAUGGGACACACACACCCCAGCAACAUCUCUCCAAAAGGCUAACCAGGGACAGUGCGUUAGCACCACUGGGGACCUGAAAAUACGAAUAGUUCCAGAUGAAAGAAGGGCAGUUGGAGUGUAUGUAGUAUAAAUUAAACUACAUGUCCUUAUUUUAGCUUUUGUCACUGUACCAUCUAUAAUCAAACCACAGAAGCGGCUCUAUAGUUAAGGUGUUUAUAUUGCAUUAUAUUGCUUCAAAGCCUAAGAAUUCUUUUUGCCAAAAAAUCAAGGGGCCCCUGCUUAAUGCAAACGUUUCAGACUUAUAAUCAUUCAUUAAAAACAAAGGUUUAGGGAAAAAUAAUAAACUAUGUUUAUUCUGCUUGUGUACCUCAUAGGCACCUGAUUGGCCCUAAGAGAAACAGGAGGCUGGACUAGAUGGGCCAUUGGCCUGAUCCAGCAGGCUCUUCUUAUGUUCUGGUCUAUCCAUUUAA